ACAUGUAACUUCAUCCCCAUUGCCCUCUUUAAGUCCAAUAUUAGGAGCACACGAGACUACGAGAGAGAGGGGGGAGUGUUUGUGUGAGUGAGAAAAAUAUGACGAUGUUUCACUUCUUCAAUUGUGCAAUUUUGACCUUUGGUCCUCAUUUCGUCUACUACUCCGCCACUCCUUUAUCUGAGUAUGACACGAUUGGGACAUCCAUCAAGGCUGCUAUUGUUUAUCUUGUUACAGCUUUGGUGAAGCUUGUUUGUUUGGCAACUUUUCUAAAGAUAUCAGAUAGUGAGAACUUUGAUCCAUAUCAGGAAUUGUUAAAGGCUUCGAUCGGUUUUAUAGAUGUUGCUGGUCUAUACUUUGCAUUGACUCAACUGACACACAGGAACAUCUCCCAAAAUCACAAAUUUCAAGCUGUUGGUCUUGGAUGGGCUUUUGCAGAUUCUGUUCUGCAUAGGUUAGCGCCUCUCUGGGUAGGAGCCAGAGGAUUAGAAUUUACAUGGGAUUACAUUCUGCAAGGUCUCGAAGCAAAUGCAAAUCUGGUUCUAUGUAUAUCUCUCGCUGCAUUGGGGUCUUUGAUGUGGCUCAGAAAAAACAAGCCGAAGACGUUGAUUCCGAUAAUAUACUUGUGUGCUGGGAUAGUGGCCACCAUGCCAUCUAUCACAAGCUACAUGCGGCGAGGUAUGGGAUGGAAAUUUCCAGAAGUUGUGGGCUUUCAGCUGUUCACUUCUCUGGUGAUCGCUUUCAUUAGCUGGCAACUCUUUGCAGCAUGUCAAAGACCAUCAUUUUGAAUCACGCGCGGAUGGUACUUGUUCUACCCAGUUGGUGAUACUAAGAUUCAGCAACGGCACGGAUUGUUUUUUUUUUUUGGAAAAUAUGCCAUUUUGACAUGUAUUACAUUUUGAUAUUUGUAGUUUCAGUGUCUGACCUUGAAUUUUUGGUGGCAUUUAUUACUUCGUAGCAAUUAGGUAGUUCUGGCUGCUUCAUGCUAACAUGAAGAUCAAUACGCAUGCUAUAAAAGCAUUUGGUAUAUGAAAGAUUUUGCAACUGAAGUAUACUCGAUGAGGCAAUGUAGUUGGAAGUCCCCAAUUGUGUGCUCUUAA